AUGCCACCCCUAAUUCUGCACAAUGUUCCAGACGAAGAGCUGUAUGUCGGGGACGACGGCAUACAGAGACCCUAUGCGAUGCUGUUUCCUGGCAAUGAGAGCAACCCAAUAUCACGGACAAGAAGAUCAGCUGCGGAAACGGGAUCAUUUGGGAAAUCAACAAGACGGUCGCGGUCACGGACUGGUACUCCAGCCGCAAAACGAGAGGAUCCAACUUUGGCUGCAGCAGAUGCGAUCUUUGCUGGCUUUCUAGCCAGUAAAGCAGCUGAACCGGAAAAUACUCAGCGGAAAUCCUCUCUAUCAGCUUCUGUAUCCCAACCAAACCUAUCUACAUCUGUUGCCCUCGCGCCCACUGACGGCAACGCGCAAACACCAAAGCGAUUCGUCCACAAAGAGCCUACAGAGGUAAUACUGCGCGGCUUUAAAUCCACCCACCAAUACGCAGCAAUCAGAGAUUACGAAAGAAUUGGAGGGAGGAUAUGCGAAGACUACCCCCGCGACCCUCCCCUCGAACAGCGCCGGUACAAAUCCGACCUACGAGACCAGGCCGCCCUCAGAACCCAACCCAUGACCGCAGAAGAAAAAGCAAAAGCUCUACGGUUCGCAGGAGGAGAGCAUUGGAUAAAGAUAACCUUCGAAUCAGCAGAUGGCGCAGAAGCAGCAGUCGACGCCUCGCCGCAGAAUAUCUUGGGUCACCUAGUUUACGCCGAGCUCUAUCGCGGAGUGCCCCCCACCGCAGACGAAGAAAUAUCCUCUACAGGCGCAAAACGCACACCACGCAGUCUAGGCGUCUCUUCAGGGCAAGAUUCUAUAUUCGGUGCCAAAAGAUCGUCUACGCUUCCUCGUUCCUAUACAACACCAGCAAUGGCCCAGAUACCCCGCGGCGUCGCAUCAUCCAUCUCGCCACCCGGCUCCAACACUUCAUCGAACACCCUCGACACCGCGACCCUCUCGGCAGGAGGCACAACGACGUCUUCAGCAACACUAAUCGGCACCCAAGCCCCUCCUCCAAAUAACGAGUACUGCCAGCGGAUUCCCACCGCCAAGAGAGCGAAGCUGCUUCCUGCAGAACAAGCUCUCCUACCGCAAAAGUCACUCACGCAACAGGUUCUGUCCCAGAUCCCGUUUCUGAGUCUGCUGAGUGGCGAUAUGAUUGGGAGUCAGGUGCCGAGGGAUGAACAGGGCAAGUUUGAUUGGAAGGCUGCCAGUAUGUAUUGGAAGUUCUUCUAUUGGUUGGAUUCGUGGACUGGGUUAUUCGAUCUUGUAGAUGGGACAAAGGAAGAUUGA